AUGUCGAGAUUAGAUAGAUUGGUUGUAUUACUAGAGACAGGAUCAACCUCAUUUAUCCGAAACACAGCUGCUGAUCAGCUAUCAGACUUGGCUAAAGCUCAUCCAGAGGAUAUUUUAAACUUGCUUGCUCGUGUAUAUCCUUUCCUUAAAUCACCCAAAUGGGAAACAAGAGUCGCAGCUGCACGAGCGUUUGGAGGUAUAGCAAAUAAUGCACCACUAUGGGACCCAAAUUCACAAGAGCAAAUCAAGCAGGAAAACCUGGAGGAGACAUUAGUUAAAAAGGAAGUAGAGGACAGUCUAUCAUAUGAGACCAAGGACUUUAUAAAACAAGAAGCACAUGAAGAAGUCAAGAUCAAGAUUGAGCAAGAUCAAGAAUUGGAUAAAAUUGACGACUCCAUAUCAAAUUUGUUACUGUUUAGCAAUUUUGACUUGAAUGAAUUGAUCAAAAGCGGAACGACGCUAUUGGCGUCAAAAUCAGACAACACUUUAAACUGUGAUGACGAAGUUGAUGAAGAUGAUAGGACUUUAAUUGGCAGGAUAAAAAGACAUCGGGCUAGCAUCCUACCCAAGCAAGAGGCACCAGAGGUAGAAGUUGGCAAAACCAUGGAUGCUGGAGAUCAGAAGCGGAGUAAAAUCAGUUCCGACCCAGUGAUCAAACAAGAACCAUUGUAUGGAGAUGAAGUUGUAUCAUCAGAUGCAUCUACAACAGUACAGUCACCAAGCGCUAUUAGACCGCUGCUUGAUAAUCCAUCAAAGCCAGUAUCUAGCGCUAGACUUAAAGCCAUGCAAAAAAGGAGAGCUAAAUUUAGUGCCAAAGCUGGUGGCAACAAGAUGAAAUCAAUUGAUAUCUCGCAAAGCUCUAUUUCAAGACAAAUGGUGGAAAAUGGUGAUGGAAUGGACCUUGACUCCGAUAACGAUGGCAAUAACAGUCACCAGCAAUAUGACGUUACUUCACAACAGGGAGGAGAAAAGUUGGUUGUCGAAGCUAAAGUGGAAGAGAUUUCGCCUUUACUUGCUUUGCAUAAUAAGGUGACUGGAUUAAUAUGGCUUUUUCAAGGAGUUUAUGAAUUGCUAUUAGCCGACUUGUUUGACGACAAAUGGGAAAUCAGACAUGGUGCUGCAUUGGGGUUGAGAGAAUUGAUUAGGAAACAUGGUAAAGGCACAGGGAGAAUUAUGAAUAAAACCAAGGAGGAGAAUGACCGCAAUAAUAAAAUGACUUUGGAAGAUUUAGCCGUAAGGUUGUGCAUUUUAUUUGUGCUUGACCGAUUUGGUGACUAUGUUUCUGAUACUGUUGUUGCCCCAGUGAGAGAAUCAAGUGCACAGACAUUGGCUGCGCUAUUGAUACAUUUAGACGAUGAGACAGUGAUCAAGACUUUUAGUUGUUUGUAUACCAUGACGUUGCAAAACGAUUUGCCGCCUCCGAAAUGUUGGGAAGCUAAGCAUGGAGGGAUGUUGGGUGUUCGUUAUCUCGUUAGUGUACGAACUGAUGUGUUGCUUAAGAAACCCGAUAUGUUUGACCAAGUGUUGAACAUGGUUCUUCAUGGACUCCAAGAAAGUGACGAUGACGUUCAGUCAGUGGCAGCAUUGACAUUGACACCAAUUGCAUCAGAAGUUGUAUCUACUCGAAAGUCCAUCAUUCAGUCGUUAUUAGCGGUAAUAUGGGACUGUUUGGUAAAUUUAAGAGAUGAUUUAUCUGCCUCCAUUGGGUCAGUCAUGGACUUGUUGGCAAAGUUGUGUAGCCAUAGAGAGGUGAUUGAUAUAAUUCAGCAUGAUGCAGCUAAAGAUGACAGGUAUUCAUUCAAACACUUAGUGCCUAGACUAUAUCCAUUUUUGAGACAUUCAAUCACAAAUGUCAGAAAAGCAGUUUUACGGACUAUUUUGGAAUUUUUAUCAAUACAAGAGGACAACAUCACAAAUACUUGGAUUGAUGCCAAAGCAAUAAGACUCAUUUUUCAAAAUUUAUUGGUCGAGCAAAACUCUGAUGUGUUGCAAUUGUCAAUCACAGUUUAUGACAAAUUGUUAGAAGAAGUUGACAAAUACAAGAUGAAUUGGGGGGACCUUUUUGUAUCGCAGUCUCUGGAUUUGUUAUCUUUGACAAUGACACCAAUUGGAAUAGCAAGACAAACUUACCAGAUGAAUACUCGAUUGAUUAUGAGACCCUCGGGCCAAAUGGUGGGGCCGUUGGAUGACGAAGACAGUCGUCGUUCUAAGAAGCGUAAUAGACAACAAACAGAAACACCAGAAUCAGAUGCGAUUGAAGGUAAUGGCAUACCCAUUGAAGAUUUGAAGAUCAAUAUUGAUGCACCGGUGUACAAGGGUGACGUCAUGCUCAUUGGGUUUGAAAAGAUGAUUGCUACUCGUUCGGCAGCUGCAAGUGCUUUUGGUAAGGCACUAGCGCUAAUCAAAGAUCAAACAACAUUGAACCAAGUUUUCCAAAAUUUGUUAUCCUUUUUAGAUUCACCAUUUGAAACAUCUAGAUUAUUAGGAGCAUUCAUUAUUGAAGAGUAUGCUACGUCAGUAAAGGAGCAGCACCGGGAACCAAAUGAGGAAACUGUUGCCAUUUUUGCCAACACAUUGAUGGCCGUACUUCAAGCUCCAUCUUCGCUUCCAUACUUCCGUGAGUUGAUACCUUCCCUCAAAUCUGUACGGACUACGUGUCUACAACUAUUUGACUGCUUUGUAUCGACUGCUCGGUUAUCACCAUCAAAAAUACCCCAAAUUCCUAUCCUUGUGCAAGGUGAAGCCGAAGCAGGCCCAAAUGCUUUUACUUUGGAAUGUGCAGAAAAGGUAAGUGGCGAAGUGUUUGACAAAUUAAAGAAAAGUUUAUCGAGCAGUCACCGUUUGGCUGCAAACCAGGCUCUAGAAGAUGCCAAGCAUAGAAUCACGCUUGCGGUGGAUGAGUGUCGAAGUUUGGUAAAUUCGAAAAUUACCGCCAUUUUAGCGUCUUUUGCUGGUGCUGCGUUGGCAUUAUCAGGUAUUCCCAAAAAAUUGAAUCCGAUCAUCAAGUCAUUAAUGGAAAGCAUCAAACUGGAAGAUUCCCUUGUAUUGCAAAAAAAGACUGUGUUUUCAAUUGCUAGUUUGAUUCGUCAAUUGAAUGAAACGGGAAAACGGAAUGUGGCUGAUAAAAUCAUCAAGAAUUUGUGUGCAUUUUUGUGUGUUGACACUGCUGAAGUACCCGAGUUCUAUCAUAACGUUGGCUUCAAGACGAACAUUUUAUCCUUGAAAAAGGAAGAGAGUGCUAGUGACCAUGCUGAUGCUGCAGCACAUGAAAGAGCAGUUCACGAAGCAAGAAUUAAACGUCGUGGGGCUUUGCUACUGCUUGAGGAGAUAAUUCUGAUGUACAAGCAAGAUUUGUUUACCGAAGUGCCGAAGUUGAAAGAAUUGAUGGUUGGUCCAUUAAAAGAAUUGGCUACAGUAAGUGGUGAAGCAAUAGCCAAAGACGAGUUUAAAGGGCAAAGUAUAAUCGACGCUUUGGGUAUAUUGAAGGCAUUAUUACCACAGAUAGAUAAGUCAUUACACCCGGAGAUUACCGAUCAUUUGGAUCUUUUAUUACCUGGAUUGAAAUCAGAAUAUUCAGCUUUCCGAUACUCGACUGCUAAAUGUUUUGCCACGAUAUGUUCAGUUGCUCCUACUAAAGCAUUUACAUUCUUGGUUAAUUCCGUAUUGCCCAUGUUGAAAAAUGCUGGUAGCAUAAUUGAAAGGCAGGGAGCUAUUGAAACUAUAUAUCACAUUUCCGCAGUGAUGGGUGCCAGUAUCUUGCCAUAUGUGAUGUUUUUAAUUGUGCCGGUAUUGGGGAGAAUGAGUGAUUCAGAUCACGAUGUGCGAAUAUUGGCCACUACUACCUUUGCUUCGAUCAUCAAGUUGGUUCCAUUAGAAGCUGGUAUACCCGAUCCUGAUGACAUGCCGCAAGGGUUGUUGGAAGGUAGAGAAAGAGAACGAGAUUUCAUAUCGCAGAUGAUGGAUCCAACAAAGAUCAAGCCUUUUGACUUGCCGGUAUCGAUCAAAGCAACCUUGCGUAAGUAUCAACAAGAAGGUGUCAAUUGGUUGGCAUUUUUGAACAAGUAUCACUUACACGGGAUCUUAUGUGAUGAUAUGGGUUUGGGUAAGACAUUGCAAACUAUCUGCAUCAUCUCCUCAGAUCACCAUAUUAGAGCUGAGAAGUACACAGAAACCGGUGCUGUUGAAUAUAGAAGGUUGCCGUCGUUGGUGAUUUGCCCACCCUCUUUGACCGGGCACUGGGAACAAGAGAUUAACCAGUACGCUCCAUUCAUGAAGGUGUUGGUCUAUGCUGGAAAUCCAAGUAUUAGAACUCCCUUGAGAAGUCAAUUACCCCAUGUCGAUGUUGUUGUGACAUCUUAUGAUGUUUCGAGAAAUGAUGUCGAUUUCUUGAGCUCAUUAGAUUACAAUUAUUGUGUGUUGGACGAAGGGCAUAUUAUAAAGAACGCCAAUUCCAAGCUCUCAAAGUCCGUGAAGCAAAUUAGAGCUGAGCAUAGGUUGAUCUUGUCCGGUACACCUAUUCAAAACAAUGUGUUGGAGUUGUGGUCGUUAUUUGACUUUUUGAUGCCUGGAUUUUUAGGUACGGAAAAGGUUUUCCAUGAGAAAUUUGCCAAACCAAUUGCAGCCAGUAGAAAUAGCAAGACGUCGUCUAAGGAACAAGAAGCUGGGGCAUUGGCACUUGAGUCCUUACAUAAACAAGUGUUGCCGUUUAUGUUACGUCGUCUUAAAGAAGAUGUUCUUUCUGAUUUGCCACCCAAAAUCAUCCAAGAUUAUUAUUGUGAAUUGAGUGACUUGCAAAAGAAGUUGUACAAGGACUUUGCCAAGAAUGAAAAAGAGAGUAUCAAGAAUGAUGUAUCAUCGGCUGAAAAAGAGGGCAAGACACACGUUUUCCAAGCAUUGCAGUAUAUGAGAAAAUUGUGCAACCAUCCAGCUUUGGUUGUAUCUCCUAGCCACCCUAAAUAUGUUGAAGUGGAACGAUUCCUUGCUUCAAGGCAUUCAGACUUGAAAAAUAUAGAACACUCGCCAAAAUUGCAGUCUUUGAGGACGUUAUUGCUCGAGUGUGGUAUUGGGACACAAGAUUCUGACUAUGGUAGAGUAAGACAAAAGAAGACCAACGACGCGCUUAUGCCUCUUGAAGGAGUCAUUUCGGAACAUCGUGCUUUGAUAUUUUGCCAAUUGAAAGAUAUGUUGGAUAUUGUUGAAAAUGACUUGUUGAAAAAGUAUCUUCCAUCGGUGACUUAUAUGAGACUAGAUGGUAGUACUGAUCCAAGAAAUCGUCAAGCUAUUGUACGCAAGUUUAAUGAUGAUCCAUCGAUCGAUGUCCUUCUCUUGACUACGAAAGUUGGGGGAUUGGGGUUGAACUUAACUGGUGCUGAUACUGUCAUUUUCGUUGAACACGAUUGGAAUCCAAUGAAUGAUUUACAAGCGAUGGAUAGAGCUCAUAGGUUAGGGCAAAAGAAGGUGGUGAAUGUGUACCGUUUAAUCACAAAGGAUACAUUGGAAGAAAAGAUUAUGGGAUUGCAGAAAUUUAAAAUGAAUAUUGCAUCAACCAUUGUUAACCAGCAGAAUACAGGGUUACAAUCAAUGGAUACUAACCAAUUGUUGGAUUUGUUUGACGUUGAGGACAACGGAGUUAAAAUGGAAGAAAGCAAUAAUUAUGAUGACGACAAGAGAGUAAGUGGAAAUGGAAAUGGCACGAACAUAGGAAGCGGAAGUAACGUGACAGAGGAACUUACUGGUGGUUUGACUGGUAAAGCUGCAGGUGCUGUUGGUGAAUUGGCUGAGUUGUGGGAUGAGCAACAAUAUGAAGAUGAAUAUAAUCUUGACAAUUUUAUCAAGACAUUAAAGUAA